UAUGCAAAUGAGGAUCUAACUUGCAUAAUUAAUGCCACAAUUCCUUAGUCGCAAAUGAUUGUAUCUACAGGGGACCCUCUGGGGGACCUGGUCGGCGGACAAGUUUUCGACCAGUACGGCGCCGUGGUGCUGUUCAGGGCCUUCGCUGUGUCCUGUCUGAUCGGAUGCUUCCUGUUCUACCUGCUGUAUGUGUGCAAUGGGGAAAAAGAGAAGACCACAGAAGGAGACCCGCACCCCGAGGAGGAAAAGGAGAGGAAAGCGACUUUGGCACCAGGCGACGAGGAUGUGACCAAGAUGGCGGCCCUGGAACCGGGCGCGUUCCUCAGGGGAGGGAGUCUGAGUAACAGAGCUGGAGAAAACAUCGGCCACAUCAGCCUGGUCAGGCCACAGGAUCAGUCGGAAUGAAUGAAUGAAGGAUCUUCAUUGUUCGACAGUCAAUACAACAAAAAAAAGUAAUUUGUACUAGUUUGUUCUAUAGAUCUAAUGACAAGGGCUGUUUCUUAAAUAUUGACAACGCUGUGAUUUCCAAUAACAUGUUCAUUUAGUCUACAAAUGCAUCAGUGCCGCAGGUCAGUGUGAGUGCAAGUGGAGGUUGGCGAAAAUAACAGAACAGCGCCGUAGUGAACGAACCCCACGGUGACGAAGGCGUGCCCCACGUGCAGUGAGAUACCACCUUAAGGGUCGUUCCCAAGAUCGUGUUGUUCGAACAAAUAUUAUCAUACAAAUUACAAACAGAAACUGGUUUCAGGUUUAUUCUUAGUUACUAUCAACGGCAAACUGAGCACAAGCACACAAAUGUUAAAGGCCAUUGAUAAAUCAGUGUUUAUAAAAUCGUAAAAACGUUUUAACUAUUUAUUUUGUUGUGAUUAGAGUCGCAUAUCAAGAGCAUGCUCGCAAGUUAAUCUUUCUGCUGUUAGUACCUAAUAAGCUCUUACACACUUCGGAGUACGCAUGUGCAGUGACAGGAAUUGUGGGUAAUAUGUCAAAGGUGAAGGUCCCUGAGACAUAAACAAAGCGCGCCUGGACAUUGUUAUCCAAAUCACGACAAUGAUAGAGACGAGAAAACGUUUACAACUCAGGGGCCCUCACCUUUGACAUAUUUCCUACAAUCCCUGUCACCGCGCAUGCGUACUCCGAAGUGUGAAAGAGCUUAUUCACAACAUUUAGAACAUCGAGACCUCUGUACUCACUCAUUUCGAUGGGUAAUCAUCAUUUUCAUUACUCAAAACGUGAGUCACUUACAUAAAACCCCACUUUACAGUAGAAUGUGAAAAACUAUUAAUUUAAAGUUAGCUUGUUAGAUUUCAGUUUUUCUAUCAUUCAUUGAUUACCAAUUGCAUUUACAAACCUUUUUAAAUCCAGUUGCAAUUACAAAUGCAGUAUUCGGACAAGGAUCUCCAAUAACAAUCAGUAUAAUAAAUGUGAUAUUGUCUCAAUAUAUUACAAAAAGAUCUGGGCUAAAUACUAAGUAUCAGUCAGGAUUUGGGAUGUAUAAAGACAACCACUUACAAGGAUUUCCACUUACGAUAAUCAUAAUCAAUAUGAUAUUGUCCCAAUCAUAAAUUUCAUUAUGAAAAGAUCUGGGUUAGAUAUUAUGUAUCAGUCAAGAUAUAUAUGAUUAUGUUAGGCAUGCUUGUCUCCCACUCACAUACAUUAAUAGCCAUACAAGUAUUUUACAUCAGGCGUGCCCUAUGUACAUGUAGAGAUUCAGUAUUUGGUUACAGAUUGAAUCUUCAUCGGAUUCCUAUCACCCUCAGUUUACAAAAAGACAUUCAUGUUUUCAUAGUAAGUCAGUAUGUGUGUAUGUAUGUCUG